CGAGGGUCCCGAGGAGACAGCGAGUGUCCCCGGCGCCGGGUUUGGGCUGCUCCAGCCGGGCGUCGGGGGGUGGCGCGGCCUAUAAGAAGUUGCACAGACACGGUUUGUGUGUAAAUCUGAAACGUGGUAAAUUGUUCAUAUUUUUUAUUCUUGAGUUUUGACCGGUUAAGGCAGCCGGCGCCUUAACUUUUAUGGAGAAGGCAAAAGUAUUUCCUUCUCCUUUCUGUUUUGCCAUCUGCAUGGAGUUCAGUCAACCGAAAAGUCAAAUGGCAAAACCCUGCUCUUCGGAAAAAGUGUCUCCUCAGUUAUGUCUUCAGGGGCAUUCACUUCGUUACGUUUGCUUUGAGUCCAGACUAACAAGCUUUUUGUCUGGCUGUUAGGAGCUGAAGACAUACAGCUUCUCAUCUGGAAGUCUAAAGGCUCAGCAUUUAUUAGAAUUAAAUGAAAAAUACUUUUUAUUUCACUCCUGUAAGUGAACUCUUAAAAAAAAAUCAGUCGUGAUGAUUGAUAGAUGGAACUGUGUUUAUCUCUUUUCCUCUGUAUAAUCCUGAGCUUGUCAUUACUGGUUCUAAAUCUACUCUGUAAUACACCACAUAAAAUUGUGCAGCUGUGAAGUGGGCUAAAAAGCUCUGUCAUGCUUUUGCCAGUCUACACCUGCAGUGCUUACAGCUUGGCUUUCUGAUUCUUCUCUGGUUGGUGGCCAUCCUUCCAAAUUUCUCAUAUGUCUUCCUCCUCCUCCUGUCUGUGCUUGCCUCGCUCCCCAGUGCACUCUAUGCUGUUGCUGUUUUGCGAGGAUUGAGAGUACAGGGCACUUGUUUCCAGAGCUUCAUGCUCUUUCACGGAGAGCAGUUCUUGUAAUAGGCCAGUAGAAAGCUGAAGGGGAUCUGCUUUGAGUUACAAAUGUGUUUUAAACUGUAAUGUGCAGGAAAAGGACUGUGAUGUUGAAGAUGUUCUCUGCUCUUCCAUGCACAUUGCACUUCAAAAUGGUUUCACUCACAGUGCCUCUAAGCACUAUGAUUUGUGCCACAUUUUACCGUGCCCAGUAAGUGACACUUUGUCACCGAUGCUGUGGUGAGUAUUGAUGGGUGGGAGCUGGCUUUAUGGUUUUCCUGAUUGCUGCCUUUGGUAGAGGGCUCUACAUAGAAUUUGUGUUGGAAAUACACCUGCGGAGAAAUGGAGUGGUGUUUGUUCUGUUGUGUGCUAGUGCUGUGUGGAUGGAGGAGAUGUUCACCAGAGCCUGAAGAGAUUCUCUCUUGAUUCCAGGAAGGUGCAGGGAGAGAGUUGCUGGCUUGUUGGUGCCUCAAGUGCUCCUCUAAGAGACACUCAAACGUUAACUCGCUACUUGCUGUUGUGAUAAAAGCUUUGCUUUAAUUUGCUUACAGAUUUACUUUGAAACCGUCUAGUGCAUAGUGUGAAUGUAUGCAUAAAACCAAACCCAUGUCUCUUCCUUGCUCUGUGUAAUUACCUUAUGUUGGCUGUGUUACCAAUAAAUACUUUGUAUCUGGACAGACUGGAACUUGUUUCUAAACCAAAGUGUGGCUGGAAAGAACCUGGGUGAAAGGAGUUUUGUAGAGGAGUGCUCUAACAACUAGAGCAAGGCGUUGGGUUCUGUCUCUGCUGCUGCUUUAUGGUGUGAUUUCAGGCAAGCUGUUGAACUCCUUCCUGUCUUCAGCCUCCUGGUCCUGAAAUACAGCUGGAAGUUAACAUAAAAAAAUGAGUUGGCACCUUUCACUUGAAGGUACUAUAAAAGAGAAAAACUUUUCCCUUGAUGUUCCCUAGGAGAAACAGGCUCAGGGAAGACCACACAGGUCCCCCAGUACCUCUAUGAAGCAGGAGUUGGCCACUACGGCAUCAUUGCUGUGACCCAGCCUCGCAGAGUGGCAGCUAUAGCCUUGGCUACCAGAGUCUCAGAUGAGAAGAAGACAGAGCUGGGGACACUGGUUGGCUAUACUGUACGCUUCGACGACCUUACAUCUGAUGAAACUAGAAUCAAGUUUUUAACAGAUGGAAUGCUGCUUCGUGAAGCUAUUGGGGACCCGAUGCUGCGGAAGUACAGCAUUGUCAUCCUGGAUGAAGCUCACGAGAGGACAAUCCAUACAGAUGUACUCUUUGGAGUGGUGAAAACUGCGCAAAAGAAACGGAAGGAACUGGGCAAACUGCCACUAAGAGUCAUUGUCAUGUCAGCUACGAUGGAUGUUGACCAGUUCUCCCAGUACUUCAAUGGAGCUCCUGUUCUCUAUAUAGAGGGCAGGCAGCAUCCCAUUGAGGUCUUUUACACCAAACAGCCUCAGAGUGAUUACCUCCAAGCAGCACUGGUGUCAGUCUUCCAAAUCCACCAGGAAGCACCCUUUUCUCAGGACAUCCUGGUGUUUCUGACUGGUCAGGAAGAAAUUGAAGCAAUGACCAAAACCUGUCAAGACGUUGCCAAGCAUCUCCCUGAAGGCUGCCCACAGAUGGUGGUGAUGCCUCUUUAUGCUUCUCUGCCCUACUCCCAACAGCUCCGUGUCUUUCAGGCUGCACCCAAGGGCUGUCGCAAAGUGAUCCUCUCCACCAACAUUGCAGAAACCUCCAUCACCAUUGCGGGAAUAAAAUAUGUUGUGGACACAGGCAUGGUCAAAGCAAAGAAGUACAGCCCUGAAACUGGUCUGGAAGUGCUGGCAGUCCAACGGGUGUCGAAGGCCCAGGCUUGGCAGCGCACGGGGAGAACAGGGCGAGAGGACAGCGGGAUCUGUUACCGGCUCUACACAGAGGAUGAGUUUGAGAAGUUUGAUGAAAUGACAAUACCUGAGAUACAGAGGUGUAACCUGGCCAGUGUGGUGCUUCAGCUCCUGGCCAUGAGAAUUCCCAAUGUGCUCACCUUUGACUUCAUGUCCAAACCAUCUCCUGAUGCUAUUCAAGCAGCGAUUGAGCAGCUGGACCUGCUGGGAGCUGUGGAACACAAGGAAGAUCAGCUUGUCCUAACCCCCCUGGGAAGGAAGAUGGCAGCCUUUCCACUGGAACCAAAGUUCUCUAAAACCAUCCUCCUGUCCCCCAAGUUCAACUGCACAGAAGAGAUCCUGACCAUCGUGUCACUGCUGUCAGUGGACAGUGUCCUCUACAGUCCCCCUGCCCAGCGGGAUGAAGUGCAAUCUGUCAGGAAGAAAUUCAUCUCCAGUGGGGGAGAUCAUCUUACCCUGCUCAGCGUGUACAGAGCCUUUCUAAAUGUCAGUGGCAACAAGGAAUGGUGCAAACACAACUUUGUCAACAGCAGGAACAUGAUGCUUGUGUCAGACAUCAGAGCUCAGCUCAGGGACAUUUGUGUAAAGCUCUCGAUGCCCAUCAAGUCCUCCCGCUCAGACACCGAGAACAUCCGCCGCUGCCUGGCUCACAGCCUCUUCAUGAACGCUGCGGAGCUGCAGCCCGACGGCACCUACAGCACCGUGGACUCUCACCAGCUGGUGGCCAUCCACCCCUCCUCCGUCCUCUUCCACUGCAAGCCCGCCUGCGUGGUUUACAACGGGCUGCUCCGCACCAACAAGUGCUACAUGCGGGACCUGUGCGUGGUGGAUGCGGACUGGCUGUACGAUGCAGCGCCCGACUAUUUCCGCAGGAGGCUCCGAACGGCCAGGAACUGACCUCUGGGGCCAGGGUUUUUAGGCUCACCCUAAAAGACUGGGUUUUGUUUUGUAAUAAACGUGCAGACAGCAGCAGAACUUUGCCAUUCUGGAGAUGUUGAA